UGAUAUAUACAAGGGUAUCCUAGACCAAGAUGAUAUAUACAAGGGUAUCCUAGACCAAGGUGAUAUAUACAAGGGUAUCCUAGACCAAGGUGAUAUAUACAAGGGUAUCCUAGACCAAGGUGAUAUAUACAAGGGUAUCCUAGACCAAGGUGAUAUAUACAAGGGUAUCCUAGACCAAGGUGAUAUAUACAAGGGUAUCCUAGACCAAGGUGAUAUAUACAAGGGUAUCCUAGACCAAGGUGAUAUAUACAAGGGUAUCCUAGACCAAGGUGAUAUAUACAAGGGUAUCCUAGACCAAGGUGAUAUAUACAAGGGUAUCCUAGACCAAGGUGAUAUAUACAAGGGUAUCCUAGACCAAGGUGAUAUAUACAAGGGUAUCCUAGACCAAGGUGAUAUAUACAAGGGUAUCCUAGACCAAGGUGAUAUAUACAAGGGUAUCCUAGACCAAGGUGAUAUAUACAAGGGUAUCCUAGACCAAGGUGAUAUAUACAAGGGUAUCCUAGACCAAGGUGAUAUAUACAAGGGUAUCCUAGACCAAGGUGAUAUAUACAAGGGUAUCCUAGACCAAGGUGAUAUAUACAAGGGUAUCCUAGACCAAGGUGAUAUAUACAAGGGUAUCCUAGACCAAGGUGAUAUAUACAAGGGUAUCCUAGACCAAGGUGAUAUAUACAAGGGUAUCCUAGACCAAGGUGAUAUAUACAAGGGUAUCCUAGACCAAGGUGAUAUAUACAAGGGUAUCCUAGACCAAGGUGAUAUAUACAAGGGUAUCCUAGACCAAGGUGAUAUAUACAAGGGUAUCCUAGACCAAGGUGAUAUAUACAAGGGUAUCCUAGACCAAGGUGAUAUAUACAAGGGUAUCCUAGACCAAGGUGAUAUAUACAAGGGUAUCCUAGACCAAGGUGAUAUAUACAAGGGUAUCCUAGACCAAGGUGAUAUAUACAAGGGUAUCCUAGACCAAGGUGAUAUAUACAAGGGUAUCCUAGACCAAGAUGAUAUAUACAAGGGUAUCCUAGACCAAAGUGAUAGAUACAAGGGUAUCCUAGACCAAGUCUAUACUUGUUGAGUAUUGCUUUACAAGAGCUUGAUUUCAGGGAUGAAUGGGCCGAAUGAAAGAAUAUAUAAAAAGAGAAGAAGAAGUACAGCUCAGCAGGAACUAAAACAUAUUCAGCUUCAAGAUCUAAACAGAACUAGGAAACAGAAGAAACCAGCAAACAAUUACAGGUCUGGCUCCUGUAGUUCUAUCAAUGAGAAAAUGGAGGAUCUUUCCCAACCUGAACAUGAACCUGAACCUGAGCCUAAACCAGAACCUGAACCAGAACCAGAACCUGAACCUGAACCUGAACCUGAACCUGAACCUGAUCCUGGACAUGGAUUCAGUCCUAAAUGGAAAGGACAGGCGGGACGGGAGAGUCAGGAAUUUCUUCUUAGUGAAACCCCAGUCCCACCAUUUCAUCAGGUAAAUUCAACUCUGUGUAUGGAGAGUAUAGCUGAGCUCAAUGGGAAUGGGGAUAAAAAGGACCGGCGAAGAAUGACUGUACAGUAUAGUCAGGAGACACAGCUGACCGAUCUAAGACCAGAGAGUCAGGAUGACCUCCGUAAACCUGUGAUAAAAGCUGACCGACCAAUUAAACUAACCAGUAUUAUAAACGCAGCGAGCUUUACGGUCAAACUUAACAACCUGCCACACCAACACAAAGAUUCCACAGAUAACGAGAAGAAUGAUAUUCUUGUUCAACGUAAACCUGGUCUUACCUCACCCUUCCAUUAUGUAGCAUAUGUGAUAGACCAAGUGAAGAAGAACAACCGGAAACGGAAGUCUGGUGCAAGUAUCCGGCCGACUGGAAAAGUGGGAAGUGCAUGUUUAUGGCAUGCUUGUCGUGCAAUAACUCUCGGAAGUUUGCUUGUAAUAACAGGAAUAACUCUAUGCGUUCUAGGCUACCUCGUGGACCAAACAGAAUAUGUUGAAUAUUUAGAGCUUUUCAGGAAGAAUUCGUCCCAUGUGAACCCCAAGUAUAAAGGAGACAGAUUUUAUCUAAACAAUCUUAGUUUUGCCGGUCCUGUAGUUAUGGGCAUUGGAGGAUUUUUAAUAGUUGCAGCUGUUGUCGUGCUAUUUGAAGCUAAAGACAAUGCAGCGAAAAUUCUGCCCGGCCAGGGGAAUGUAAACAAUGACUUGAAACCAAACAACAGUAUGUAUAAGAAAGCUAGAUUCCAAACCAGUGCUAGCCAAACUACUUUUAUAGAUAGAGAUAUUCUAGCUGUGUUGACAGAAUCCUCGAAUCCUAGCAGAAAGCACAGUUGUCAUCAAUCAGUUUCCAGCGGGAUCAAAAAGUUAAGCUGCAGUUCCAUCCAUCUACCUCUUAACUCUGGUUCAACAGUUAUACCUGAACUCAGUAGUUCAGCUAGACAAGCUCUUACAUUGGCUUUCAUCAACAGGGAGGAAGGGUCGAGAAUCCAUAAAUGUCCUUCAGCUCCUUGUAUACCAUCCCUUGCAUCUCCAGACUUUAAAUCAGUAAUUGCUGGCAGUUUGCACAGAUAUGAAUGUUUGCAAAAAGACAGGGUUUCCGGGAAUCAGAUGAGGUUGUUGACCCCGACCCUGUACAGGUCCCAGAUGGCGGGGGCCAGGCAGAGCCUCAGUAUGGACUGCAGCGGGGAAGAGAACCAGACUGGGGAGUGGGAGAGAACCAACAGGAAAGGGUAUCUAGAAGCUGGACGAGCUGAUGACUCAUUAGAUCUUGAACUUGGAGCUUCAGCUUCUGGAGUUCAAGGAAGGAAAAUAUUAGAGAAUUCUUCCAGACAAAAUUCAACCAGAAGAGGUUCAGAUUCUAGCGAGAGCUCUCUACGUUUAGAUCUUCAUGUUACUGGUUGUGCUCCAGUUACUUUACUUGUCAGAGAUGAGUCGAGAUCAGCAAAAUCCUCUGAACCCCGAGAUAGUCUAGUCAGGUCUCCUGUCUCCCCUUUCCUCACUAGAAAGGUGAGAUCAGCUUCUCCCUGUGGAGGAUCCUGUUGUCACAAAGGGACUGUUAAACAAGUUAGUUGGGGGUCUGCUUCCUCAUCUAGUAAUACCAUGUUUCAGACUGAGGAUGCAGAUUGGUGGUUAAAUCAAGCUUCAAAUCAGGCCACUCUAACCGUACCCCAGCCUCCUGGUAUUUUGAGAACACCUCCGACGCCUCCUCUGUCAUCGGAGGAUAAGCCUCAUAACCUUUACCAACCUCCGCCUGAGGUUCAAAUCUCACUUCCUGAAAAAACUCCAUCUAGUUCUCCUUGUAAAAAACUGGAGAGAGACCUUUCAGAAGUUCAAACAAUAGACCAAGAUGACAAAAUCAUGGAGAAGUCUGAAAUAACAUCCGAGAUUAAAUCAUUCCAAGAUUCAAAUCCUAAUCUUGAAAACACUCCUUCUUCAGAAACAGCUACCAAGGAUCCUUUUGUACCCCCAUACAGUAUUUCCGUAACUACGGAUAAAGAUGAAACUAUUCUAGUAAAUGCUCUUUCAAAUCCUACAUCCUUAGUUACUCAUGAAACCCCUUGCUGGACCACAACCGAAGCAACAGAUUCAGAAAGUACAUCUUUGUUUGAAUCCAACCCUCCCUGUCAUAACUACUCAUAUGAGCAGGAAAUGAAACUCUAUGAUAAACAAGAUGCUCAAUCAGAAUUGUUGACAAGAAACAAAGAAAAUAUAUCUGUAGUCCAGACUGAGAACAAUAAAGACUUUAUAGAAAUUGCUGAUAGAUAUUAUAUUGAGAUAUGUAGAGAUGACGAGGAGAGGAUUAAAGAUGAAAUCUAUGCACUACAAUCUGAACUAUCUAUGGAUCUAGGAGAACUACCUCCACCCCCUGAUAUUCCUGUUGAAGCUGAAACUGAACUGACCCACAAUCUUGAGAUUCUUCCCUCCCCUCCAACUCCUCUGGAAUGUUACCAGUUUAGUCUCCUUGAUGUUGAAAACCUUCCUUCUCCUCCCGAGCUUUAUCAAAACUCUUUAACAGAAGACAUCCCUGAUACCUACUAUGUAGAUUAUGAUUACUUACCUCAACCCUGCUCAUCCUCACCCGAGGAACCAUCUUCUCCAGUUCAACAUCUUCAUGUCCUUCCUGUCCCUGAUCCUCUACACCCUAAUCCUCAGGAACCUGUCUUUCAUUUCAGGGAUCUUCCAGAACCCUACCAAUCCAACUCAAACUCAUCAGUUCCAGGUUCUAGGAAGCAUUCAUCGACGGAUGAAGAGGACACCUUUGUGGAUAUUUCAAAAAUAAGUAAUUUUGAUAAUGAAUCAGAGUCUGAAACGACUGAAAAGGAAACUAGAAAUUUAAAAUUCAGAACUGAUACUAUAGUCGAGGUAUGCAAUAUAUUUGCUCAAAGACAAAAUCUUCCAACUUCAGUCCGUUCCAAAGAAAUACUGGAGACUCAGGAACAACGUGCAUUAAAUGCAGCAGUUCAGCAAAUGGUAAACAAACCUUUGGAGUUUACACAAAUUCAGGUUAAUGACAAAUCAGACAGUACAGUAGUGGAUGAUGGUGAUACAUCCAUUGAACCCUCCUUAAUUCGACCAAAAUGUCCUGUUCAUCAUAAGGCUAAAAGACACGUUAAAAAAUAUGAAGGUUUGGAAGAUACACUCCAUAAUCUUUCUGGAUACAGUUCAUGUGGAAAACUUCGGAGAAGAGAGAAUAAUAAAAUGAGCCUAGAUAGCAGAUUAUCUCCAGCUCAACCUGUCCAACGUAAUCCACGGCGAGCCAUGCUGGUUAGGCAAAGUCGUUUAGAGAUAGAAACUAGUUCUUCGGACGGAGUAACCGUGGAGGAGCCGGUUCCAGCUAGAAUAUCAGGAACAAUCCCAGUUUUAGUGUUUGGUUCAGAAAAAAAAAGCUCAACCAAAGAAACUAAAGAUCAAGAGAAUCCUACCAUCCAGAAUGUGUGUAACCAAGAUUUUACGGAAGUAAUUGUUUGCACACAUCAAUCAAUGUCAUCCUUUGAAGAACAGUUGUCAACUGUUGUUGAAGCUGGAAAUCCAGCAAUUGUUUCGAUUGAGACCCCAAAGCAGCUGAUACGCACAAAGACGACUGAUCCGGGAAGAAAAAGACAUUCAGUAGCUCCACCUGUACGCCGAACUAAAGUUGUUGCACGGCAUCGACGGACAGAAAGUUUUUAAUAUAGAAUUUUAAAAUUUCUUAUUGUUAUUUGUGAUUAUGCAAAACAGGACACUAAAAGUGUGAUUAGCUCAAAGUUUUUAUGAAAAAAAAACCUACUAAUUAGUUUCGCACAAAGAAAAGGUGAAGUCCAAAAUUAAUUAAAAUUUUUGGGUGAAUCUAAGUGUUUUGAUGGUAUCUAUAAAUUAUAAAGUUACAUUUUAUAAAUCUUUAAAGUGUUAUUCUGUAAAGAUAAAUCUAACGUUGAUAUGUAACUUUUAUUAUUUUUUAUUGUAAUUUCAAAAUUAUAAGAAUAUUUGCAUCAAUUUUGUUUUAACAUAAAUGCAUGUAUAAUUUUAAGCUAUUUUGAAUGUUAAAGGGGCGGGAAUAAAUAUUGUUCUAAAAUAGAAAAAAAGCAGAAUCGUUAAAAUAAAUGGCAACAAUCUUUUUGGGAAUAUUUCGGAUAUAUAUUAAUAUUUAAAAGUUAUGAUUUAUUAGAUUUGAUUUUUCAAUUUUAUCUAUAGAAAUUAGUUAUUGGUUCAAAAUUUGGUCCCCUGAUACUAACUGAGCUUCAAAGGUGAUAAACACAAAAUUGCAUGUAUUAAAUAUCUGAAUUUUAUAUUUUCUAUAAUUACUCUACCCCAUUAAUUGGCUUGAAUGUUAUUUUGACUUCCCAUAUUAUAAUCUAGAAUUUAUACGUACAUGUAAUAUUAUUUAGUUUCUAUUAAGAAGAUCUAUUAUAAAGAGAUUUAUAUUACUAGAAUGCAUGACUUAAAAUUACGCUCAAACAUCUUGAAAAAAAUAUUUCAAAAUCUUUGCCACAUUUACUCUGAUUUUCAAAUACCUUUUAUUGCAAAAUAAUGUUGUAGACUCAAAUUCUUAGAAUUUUGAAUUCUUAGAACUAUGAUCAAAUUGUGGCAAUUGUGGCAUAAACUCAAUUCCUAAAAUUGUCUUUUACUCUACAUAUGUUGAAAUGUAAGAUAUGUAUGUACAAUGUACAUACGUUGUAAUUAAUAGACAUUCAUAACUCCACAAAAAAAAAUUUAAUUCUUUUUAAUUUCUUAAACUUUAGUCAUGGAGAGAUUGAUUUUAAAUUUUGUGUUUUAUAGUUCUAUGCAAUUGUAAAUGUUAAUAAUUAGAAUAAUUCAGAGAUUUCAAAAU